AUGAGCAAAACGAAGCGCAAACAAACCGUCUGGCCUGACCCGCUCGUCAUAAACCCCACAUCCGGCACCCACACGCACAGCAUCAUCCUGCUGCACGGCCGGGGCAGCAACGCGUCGCGCUUCGGGCUCGAGCUCCUCAAAGCACGAACCUCCGCCACCGGCACUCCCACUCCAGGCAGCAAUAGCGACAGCAAAACACUAGCGCAGCACUUCCCCAGCGCGAAGUUCAUCUUCCCCACAGCCAAGAAGCGCCGCUCCACCACUAUGAAACGCAUCCCUAUUAACCAGUGGUUCGACAACACUUCGCUCACGGACCCGUCGCAGCGGCCAGAGCUGCAGUACGACGGACUGCGCGAGACGAGCGCGUUCGUGCACGUGCUGAUAGAGAAAGAGGCUGCGCUUGUGGGGGUGCAGAAUGUGGUCGUGGGCGGGCUGAGCCAAGGCUGUGCGGCUGCGCUGCAUGUGCUGCUGAACUACCACUGCCAGAAUAAGGGGGCGCUGGCCGGGUUCGUGGGCAUGAGCGGGUGGCUGCCGUUUGCUGGGGCGUUGGAUCCGAGGGGGGAGGAGGAGGAGGCAGCGGGGGAUGGGGAAGAGGACGAGGACGAUAUCUUUGGCGCUGAUGACGACGAAGAGGGGGAUUUUGGCGCGAGUGAGGAUGCCGUGGGCCGCCAACCGUCAACCCUUGAGGGGUUACAGCUGCGCGCGGCAAACACGGCGCGCGAUAUUGCGUCGUUGCCGCCGCUGUCAGCGCAGGAUACGCCGGCUUUCCCACGCACGCCGGUCUUCUUGGGGCAUGGACGGAGCGAUGAGAAAGUGGCGGUGGAGCUGGGCGAGCAGGCAAGAGAUGUGCUCGGGAGCCUGGGAUGCAGUGUCCGAUGGGAAGCGUACGAUGAAGGGCACUGGUACAAAGUCCCGGACGAGAUUGACGAUAUCGUGGACUUUUUGGAAACGGUCGUGGGGAUACAGAAAGCUUAG